AUGAUAAUGGGAAAGCAUUUCAACUCCAAAGAAAAGGACGAUUAUGAAAUUUCCCCAGCUUUUCAAACUAGUGGCUCCAACGACCAAGCUAUCGCCGAGAAAUAUACGCUUUAUGGUCACCGUGCAAAGUUCGAAGGUGGGCGCAACGCCAAAAAAAAAAAAAGAAGCACUUUUGACUGUCAGAAAGACUGGACAGAUACAGAAUACAGUUCUUAUUAUGAUCAUAGAUAUUCACAAACCAGUCAAUUCCCUGAUAUUAAUAAAAAGGAUACAGAAGGAGAAGAUGAUGAGGCUCUGGAUAACGAGGAAUUAAUUGACAUUGAGCCUCCUUCGGAUAUAAGCAAAGAUCAUCACCUCUUAAUAAAUAAAAAUGGGUACAAUCCCCAACUCGUCAACGAUUUACAUUCAAUACAAAAGCAUUACAUCGUACCUACACAAACCAUUGCAAUAUCUCAGAUGAACCUACUGUCGCGAUCGUGCUGCUCUUUGGUGCAACAAGAUAUCACAGAUAAAUGCCUUGCAUGGGAGCAUGAUCAAAAAUCUUUCAAAUCAUCUAGAGCUUUAUUAUUCUCAAACAGCACCCGACUCGAAUUUGGAGGACUCCUUGAUGUAUAA